CGUCGGUAACCGGGGGGGGCUGGUAUUUAACCCGGGCUGUGUUCACGGCUCGGACUCGGCUCUCGGCUGUCGGAACCGUCGCAUGGAGCGGGGCUUUGUUCGGGCUCUUCCCCGGUUGUUGUAUUGUGGAGGUCCGCGCCGGCGCUGCGGAUCCGCGGUGUCCGGCUUCACGCGCUCCGGCUCCGGUUCCCGGCUCAGAGCUCCGGCGGCUCGGACGGACAGGAUGCCAGAGGGAGCGCUCCGACUGACGGCGUCCGUUUGCCCGCGUCCCGGCGUCGUGUCUCGGCCACGGCGGCUGUGAUGGGCGGUGUGGAGCCUCCGGUUACCGUCGUCGACGCUUGGAUUUUUACCGAAGCCACGAAAUGAAGCGAAUGAAUCCACGCUGGAAGUCCCCCCCCAUGUGGCCGUCGGGUGUGGGCAGCCGGCAGCCGUGCCCGCGGGAGUCGGCGCUGCGCAGGGCGGCGCUCAGCGGUAACAUCCAGGCCCUGCCGCCGCAACACGUCCCCACCGGCCGCAGCGUCAGGGUCUUCAUCUGCGCCAACCCCGACGACACGGAGGCGGAGAGGAACGCACUGAAAGAACAUGUUUAUCCAAAACUACGAGACUUCUGCCGAGAGAAUUAUGGGAUUGAAUUCCAGGUGGUGGACCUGUACUGGGGGGUGGACCCAGAGGAGUGGGACAGUCCAGACCUGCAGAGACUCCGGAUGAAGCUCCUGGAGGAAUGUCUGAAGACCUCAGCUGGACCCUGCUUCGUGGGUCUGGUCGGGGAAAAGUACGGCAGUAUCCGGGUCCCGGGGGAGGUGGAGUCAGCGGAGUUCGAGAUGAUCCUGGACGCGGCGGUGGAGGCGGGGCUUGACACCCACAUCCUGGAGGAGUGGUACUGCAGGGACGAGAACUCAGUACCGCCCGCAUACUACCUCAAACCCAAAGCCCACAUGCUCAAGAACUACCAGAACUCAAUGGAGUCCAGCGUCGCAGCUAAAACCAAGAACGAUAAGGCGUGGCGGACGGUGUCGGAGGAGAUCAAGCGGAUCUUCCGGACGGCGGUUCUGCAGCUGCAGGAGAAAGGAACCAUGAAGAACGCUCAGGCCAAGAAGUUCCUCUGCUCCGCCUUGGAGGACGAGUUGGACUUCGCUCUGGGGAAACAGACUCCGGCCUUCCUCAGGAAAUGCGUCUGCUACAUCCGUAAGAUCUCCAACUUCGACCGCUUCGCCAAACUCCCCGACAUGUCCCGCUACAUGGACAUCGUGGUCAGCAGCGACCGCGUCAUGCGUAACCAGGAGUCCUACGAACGCCUGCUGAAGGUCCGCGACGAGUUCAUCCCCACGGUGGUGGCGGCCUCCAACCUGCGCGUGUACUCGUCGGUGACGCACUGCGACAUGAAGCUGGGCUACUCCCAGGAGGUGGAGAGUCACUACGUGGAGGGUCUGUGCAAACAGUUCUACGAGGACAUGGUGGACGUCAUCCAGGCCACCGUCCAGCAGAACUUCGACGCCGAGACCGACCCCGUGUACGACGAGACCCUGCAGCACCUGUCGCUGUGUCAGACGUACGCCACGCUCUUCGAGUACAAGAGCGAAACGCUGGACUACGUCCACGAGUACCUGCUGCCGUCCAAAGGCGCCAGGACCAGCCCCAUGGUGGUCUACGGAGGACCCUGCACCGGCAAGACCCUGCUGCUGGCAGAGGUGGCCAAGCAGGCGUACUCGUGGCUGCAGCAGGAGAUGGGUCCAGAGACCGACCCGGUGGUCAUCGUCCGCUUCAUCGGUUCCACCCAACCCUCCACCGACCUGCGAACCCUCCUCCAGAGUAUCUGUGAACAGAUUGCAAUAAACUACCGCUGCCUGAUUCACUUCUUGCCUAACAAGAUCCAGGAGAUGAGGGAGCUCCUGAUCAACCUUCUGGGGGAACCUUCGUUCCAACGGCCGCUGGUCAUCGUCCUCGAUUCCUUGGAGCAGCUCUCGGACGCUGAUGACGCUCGCAAGCUGUGGUGGCUUCCCGUUCACCUGCCUCGAACGGUUCGCAUCAUAGUGUCGACGCUGCCCAAUAAACACGGCAUCCUGCAGAAGCUCAGACACCUCAUCCAUGAUGACGGGUUCUACGCGGAGCUAAUCCAGAGGGAUCGCAAAGUCUGCAGCCAAACCUUAAAGCAGCAGCUCCUGGGGGUGAAGAGGAAGGUCACCUCGGGUCAGCAGAUUUAUGUCAACGAGGCCCUGUCCAAGUGUACGCUGCCCAUGUUUGUCAACCUGAUCUACAGAGAGGUGGUUCACUGGAGGUCUCAUAAAGACGUGGAUGACCGGUCCUUGUGUUCCACAGUCCAUGAAAGCAUCGAGCAGCUCUUCUACUCUGUGGAGAGUAAACUGGGCCAACGAUUCGUCUUCAGGGCGCUGGGGUAUGUCACCAUGGCCAAAUCUGGGUUGACCGAGGUGGAGCUGGAAGACAUUCUGUCCCUGGAUAACAUAGUUCUCGGGGAUGUCAUAGUGCCAUCAUACCUCAGAAACCCACUGAGGAUCUCUUAUGACUUGGUUGCAAAGCUCAAAGAGGAGCUAGAGGGUUACCUGGUGGAACGUCAAGUACGGAACGUCACCUUAAUGGUCUGGGCCAAUAGGCAUCUGCAUCUCAUCGCCCAGAAGUUGUACCUUAGUAAUGAGGAGGACGUCCAUCAAAUGCACAGCCUCUUAGCCGAGUACUUCCUGGGAGCAUGGUCAGGUGGCCGGAAGAAGAUCUUUACUUACGAUAACAACCAUUUCACGUCCCUGAACAUUUCCCACCACAAAAACCCUCACCAUCAACAGGCCCAUGAAAAAGCCUCCUCCGAUAAGUACUCCUACGACCGGCAGACUCCGGAGCAGCCCUGGGUCUUCCAGUGCAACCUUCUGGAACCAGACAUUUUCUUUGUCAACCACCGGAAGAUGACAGAGCUGGUGUAUCACCUGACCAGGAGUGGGCGUACCGAUGAUCUCAUGUUUGGCGUCAUCAUGAACUUCAGCUGGUUGUACACGAUGAUCAAGAUCGGCCAGUUUGAAAAGGCAUUAACGGACAUUGACCUCGCUUACAGCUACACCCAAGAGAAAGAGCUGAAGUUCCUGGCCACCACUCUCCGUAGUAUCAAGGUAAAAGUGUUAAAGAAUCCAGCGUCGCUGUCAGCAGAGCUGCAGCAGCGACUCCUGCCGGUUGUCACCUCCCUCCCCAAGCUGCGACACCUCCUCCUGGAGUGUGACAAAGAUGGUCCAAAGUACUGCUCCAUUGUGCCUCUCCACUCCUCUAUGGACGUCACCUACAGUCCAGAGAGGCUUCCUCUGUGCUCCAGCUACAUGCAGAUCGUGGAAAUCUUGCCCACUUUAGCCCCAAACAUCGUCCUUGUAGCCUUGGAAGACGGAUCUGUCAGCACAUGGGAUGUCGAGAGCCGACAGCUUCUGCGACAGAUUGACACAGCCAGGUCUGUUGUUCUGGGAAUCAGGUUGACCACUGAUGAGAAGUACCUGGUUGUGGCCACAACCAAAAACACGCUGCUUAUCUAUGAUAAUCACAAGUCCUGCCUUUUAUCAGAGGUUGAAAUCAAAGGGUCAAAGCAUGGCGGCAUCACCGGCGGCGUGGCCUUCAUCAACGGGUUUACUUUGUCCACGCAUCACGCUUUGGCUUGGCUUGAGGCGAGUAAAGAUGUCAAUGUGAUCGACCUCCUCUACGGCUGGCCUCUGUACCAGUUCCACUGCUGGUACGAGGUGACAUGUGUCCAGUGUUCUCCAGAUGGAAUGUACGCCUUCUGUGGCCAGUACCUGAACACUGCAUCCAUCUUUCAUCUGGGAAAUGGAGACAAAUUGGCAACUGUGACCUCUGAGUUUUCUGGGGGUUUUGUCAAGUCCAUUCUGGUUCUGGAUACGUUAAGUCAGAUGGUAAUGAUUGACAACGAGGGCAGUUUGUCGGUAUGGAACACCAAAGAGGUCACCAACCCAAGGCUGAUGGAGGAUUAUGAUUGUAGAGGAGAUGACAGCGAAGUGGUGGGCAUCGAGUUGUCAGAAGACCAGAGAUCUAUUCUCAUUUGCAAAGCUAGGAGCAUUGAGGUUCUGGACACGAAAGUUUGGAAAAUGGUGGAGAAGUUCAAAGCCAAACGAACCGAACGUUUCGUAGCUGCCGUACUCUCAAAGAACGGACAAAGCAUCGUAGCGUCCAUGGAGAACACAUCCUCCAUCUUUGUGUGGAGGAGGGACAGUGGACAAUGCAUGGCCAGCCUGAUUGAGAUCUCAGGAGCUAUCGUCAAACUCAUUAAAUCAGUCCACCACAAUCUGCUGCUUUCCGUUGCCAGCAGUGGCGUCCUUUCAGUUUGGGACAUUGACAUCAUCACCGCCAUGUCCAACAUUGACAAAACAGGCAAAAAGAUCCAGACCCUACAGCUAUCUGGAAGAGAGGACUACGUCUUCACCAUGGACGGUUCAGAGGCUGUGCACAAGUGGAACUUCAGCACAGGCUUCAUCGAAACGGUCUUCAAGCAUGAGGGUAUUGUGGAGAACUGUGUCCUGACCUCCUCAGGGGAUCUCAUGGUGUCAUCAGACGACAAGUCCAGCCAAUACAUCUGGCAAACCAACACUGGUGAGAACAUCUUCCGCAUUAACGGACAGAGAAUAUCACAGCUGCUCAUUACCCACAACGACCAGUUCGUGGUGUCCCUCUGCGAACAGAACGCCUCCAGGGUCUGGAGACUCGCCACUGGCCACAAAGUCUGCAACAUUUUGGUCACCCUCCAGAGCGCACUGAUCACCACGGCCAAUACGUUCCUUGUAGGGACGUCAAAAAAUAAGCUCCUCGCCGUCAGCCUGUGGUCUGGCAGCGUUUCUAAGAAGUUCGUCUGCGACGAUGGCAUCACCAUCGUCAACUUCAAGCUCAUUCCCGACUGCCCCGACUGCGUGGUCUUCAUCACCUCCACUGAGACCGUCUUCAUCUGGAGCGUGGCGGAUGAGUCCGUCUGCAGGCGGGUGCAGCUGCCGGCCAACUUCCUCAAAAACCUGGAAGACUUCCAGAUCUCACCAAAUGGGAAGCUAGGAAUCGUCUCCAAGGGUGAUGAAAACAUUAAUGUCCUCGACCUUCAUAGCGGGAAGCUGAGGCUCGUCCAUGCUGCCGGUAUCAUCUGGCGGCAGAAGUUGUCCAGAGACGGGCGUUACCUUGUGUACGUGUGCUUCCGGAACUGCGAUGAAGAUGAUGACGCCGGCGUUGUGUCCAACUUGAUUGUGAUGCGCCUCGCGGAUGGCAAAAGCAUCGGCACGUGCUCUCUUUACAAGACGCCAACCUUCCUGUCGCUAUCUCAACGGGCAUUAAACAUCAUCAUCGGCUUUGAGGACGGCAGCAUCGGCACCUACACGGUGGUGGACCGCGUGGACGCCGCCCUCAAAAUAAAGAUCGCCACCUCCAACAGCCGACAGAUCGUCAACAACGCUUCGCAGAAGGUGCGUCCAAAGUGCGGCAACCAUUCCUUUAAGACCGUCGCCGACUGCAUCUGGAGGGAGUCGACGGAGGUGUUUUCCAGGGACAGCCCCAUCAACGUGUCCGACUCCGGGGAGGCCGAGAGCACCACGCCCACGAAGAAGGCCGAACUGCUGCAGUGACAGGCGGAGGUCGGAAGGAAGAGGAGGAGGUGACAAACGUCGGAAUCUCUGGGGUCGCAGUUGAUUCUUGUUUACAUCCACGUGAUUCAGCUGCAGAUGUCAGCCCUUCGGUUCAUGGGCCGACCGUUUAAACGCUGCACUCUAAUUAUGUAUCACCUACUUCCAACAUACGAUACUGUUUGUUUUACAUUCGAAGACUGUUAGAAAAUAUUAUAUCUUGAAAAGAAGGAAAAAAAUGUAAGUGGUGUGAGGUAUUAAUUAUAGUUUACCGUUAUGUGUCCUUUUGCAUUUGAAGAACAAAGGUAUUCAUUCCAGUUUCCUUCGCCAAGUUCCAUCGUACGCAUCUUUAGUUCCAUCGUGCACAUGAAGCCAUAAUGUUGUUCUUUGGAGAAAAAAAAAACAAAAACCUAUAUUUAUGUUUGUAUUAACAUCAGUUGGUACUGUACGAAAUGGAAGACCUAUGAUCAUAUGUACAUAUCUCUUUUUGGCUGCUGCAAUUUGUGCAACUCCUUAAAAAUGUUCUGUUGUGCUUAAUGCAAUCAAAGUGAGUGCCUGGAAUUUACGAUGUUCUCUAUGUGCAGAUUACAAGAUUUAUUCAAAAUGCAGGGAAUUUGUAAA